UAGGUUUCCUAGCAGAGUUAAUAUAAGACCCUCUCCGGCUGUGCAGGCAGAGUGACUUCCCAGUAGAGUUCCUUCAGCCACCAUGGAUCUCCUCGGAGCAGGGGCCAUUUUCCUCAUCAUCUGCCUUUCUUGCCUGAUGGUCCUCUCAACUUGGCGACAGAUGCAUGGGAAAAGCAAGAUGCCACCUGGACCGAUUCCGCUACCCUUUAUUGGGAACUUGCUCCAGGUCAACUUAAAAGAUAUGUACCGUUCACUUCUGAAGAUCAGUGACAAAUACGGUCCCGUCUACACCAUCCACUUGGGGCCCCGACGGAUUGUGGUGCUGCGUGGAUAUGAUGCGGUAAAGGAGGCCUUGGUGGACCAGGCAGAAGAAUUCAGUGGCCGUGGGGAGCAGGCCACGUUUGACUGGAUUUUCCGUGGCCAUGGAGUUGCCUUCAGUCAAGGGGAGCGGGCCAAGCAGCUGCGCCGAUUUUCCAUCACAACCCUGAGAAAUUUCGGUAUGGGGAAGCGAUCCAUUGAAGAACGGAUCCUGGAGGAGGCCCACUUCCUACUGGAGGCACUUAGGAACACCGAAGGAGCACCCUUUGACCCUACCUACAUGCUAAGUCGUACUGUGUCCAAUGUGAUCAGCUCUAUCACCUUUGGCAACCGCUUUGACUAUGAAGAUAAAGAGUUCCUCUCUUUGCUCAGUAUGAUGUUGGGAAGUUUCCGUUUCACUGCCACGUCGUGGGGGCAGCUUUAUGACAUGUUCUCUGGACCCAUGCAGUACAUGCCUGGGCCGCAGCAGAAAGCCUUCAAGGAGCUUUCAGGGCUGGAGGAAUUCAUCACAAGGAAGGUGAAAGAGAACCAGGAGACCCUCGACCUCAACUCCCCUCGGGAUUUCAUAGACAGCUUCCUGAUAAAAAUGCAUCAGGAAAAGGAAAACCCAAACACAGAAUUCUUCCUGAAGAAUCUAGUGUUGACAACACUCAACAUAUUUUUUGCUGGCACCGAAACUGUCAGCACUACCUUGCGUUAUGGCUUCCUGAUUCUGCUGAAAUACCCAGAGAUUGAAGAUAAAGUACAUGAGGAGAUUGACCGGGUCAUCGGCAGAAAUCGCACUCCCAACAUGGAUGACCGCCCACAAAUGCCCUACACUGAGGCUGUGAUCCAUGAGAUCCAGAGAUACACUGACAUGCUCCCCAUGGGGGUAGCACGACGCGUGACCCGUGACACCCUAUUCCGAGGAUACACAAUUCCCAGGGGCACUGAGGUUUUCCCUUUGCUGGGCUCUGUGCUGAGAGACCCCAAACAUUUUGCAAGGCCUGAAGCGUUCGACCCCCAGCACUUCCUGGACGAGAAUGGGAAGUUCAAGAGGAAUGAGGCUUUCAUGCCGUUCUCCAUCGGCAAACGAUAUUGCUUCGGGGAGCGGCUGGCCCGUAUGGAGCUUUUCCUUUUCUUCACCAGUAUCCUUCAGAACUUCCGCUUCAAAUCUCUGAUCCCGCCAGAAGAAAUUGACCUCUCUCCUAUGCUGGUUGGCUUUGCCACCAUCCCACGGUUUUAUGACAUCUGUGUCAUCCCUCGCUGAAGAACAGACAACAUGGAUAAAAACUGCCUCACCACAACCGAAUUUGUCCACGUAAAAAGGGGGGGGGGAGGAAGGAAUAUCUUGUCAACAAUAUGAAACACUCGAAUGUAAAGUUUUAAUGCUAGUUUUUUACGUACCAAAUAUUCCCUUUGCAUUCUUUUAUGCCCUGUGAUCUGUGUGUCCUCCUUUGCUAUGCAAUACUACUCAGAGUAAUAAUCACGGAAAAAUGUUACACCACAUUCUUGCUCCUUGGCCAUCUACUCUGUCCCCCUUCAGCCCCUGCGACGGUCUUCCCAUUCACCUUCCCAGCCGUCAGACUCUUUCCCUGCCUUUUCUUUCUCUUGGCUGCCUAGGAAUUUGCUCUCCAGUCCAAUGGCCCUUUGCUUUGCUUGUGUAAGCUGUACUGUUUCUCCCUUCCUGACACUUUCCCUUUGAGCAACUAGGACCAAACUACUGGAUUCCUAGGGGAUUCUAGGAUUUUCAGUCACUUUCAUUUUUUUCCUUUAAAGUAACUGUGGUUUGCUCCAAAUCAGACCAGACAUGGUUGGGUAGGAGUGCUUAACUAUUUCCUCCUACCAUUUUCUUGGUUUUAAUUGCCUCAUCUCCAUAAGUAGGCUUACCAACAGACUUGAAGAAAAAAUAUCCUGCCCAUUUAAUAGAGGCUUAAACCUUGGCUGUUUCCACACGGCUUACCUUAUUCUGCAAAUAGCGAAAUCUCACGCGAGAUCUCGCGAGAAGACGCUGUUAUACCAUCUUCUCGCGCAAUAACAGCGUCUUCUCAUGUGAUAACAGCGUCUUCUUGCGGGAUUUCGCGCGAGAUUUUGCUAUUUUGCAGAAUAAGGUAAGCCGUGUGGAAAUGGCCCUUAUCAAAGGAAGGUGCUGUGAGCUGUGACUAGCUUUUACUGCAGUGGUAAAUAAUGUUGCUUCAUUUUUUAAUGACUUGGCUUUGCUUUUUGCGACACGCAUUUAAUUUUUGCAUUUCUAAAAAAAAAUCUAAUGCGUCCUUUGUUGUUUUAAGGGUGUAAUGAUAAAUAGAGCUAUAUCCUUCUUAGCCCCGUUGACUUCCGGAUUACACUGUUAAACUAUCUUUGUAGAAUCAUGAACGAUCAAACAAAAAUAAACUUU